AUGCCGCGCUGCUACAUGGUGAAGAAGCAGAGCAACAAGUACAAGGACUGCUGGGACGGGGCGGCGGUGGCCGCCGCGGCGCCCGACAGCCCCACCGAGGCCUGCGUGGCGCCCCCUUACUACACGCCCCUCACCAGCAGCACAGGCUACUCUCAUGAGUUCAUCCCCAACGGAGCGGUUUCAUCGCCGCCGCCAGCCUCCAAAACCGCCUCCGGCGACUCCCCCAUCUUCCGCACCCGCAGCGCCGAAGAGACCGAAGCCGCUCACGACCUCCUCUCCCUCUCGCAAAGCCUGCCCCCGCUCCCCGCCCCCGGGGUGGUCACCAUCCACCCCACCGUCCCCCACGAAGACAGCCCCCCGUCGCCCAGUCCUUGCUACUACCGGCCGCUGUCCCCGGAGCCCCCACUGCCCGUCACCGUGCCCUGCUACCCGCCCCCGAUCGUGUACGUGGUGCAGGUGCCCGCCGCCCCCACGCCGCCCACCUCCGAGUGCUCCUCCGACGCCGACUUCAGCGACAGGACCAAGCUGAGGAGCGUUCAAGCGCAGCAGGAUAUUCUGAUCCUGCCGCUGUCGCCGGAGCCCGAUAGCAGGCUGCAGGAGCCGCCGCCGCCGCCGCCCCAACAGCCCGCCGCCGCCGAACAGGCCGACAAGCACGAAACAGUGAUAGCAUCUUCCCAUCUCAACAUUCCGGACAGACGGAAGCGGAAAAAUAAAAGGACCAAUAAAAGCAACAAGGCGGCGAAAAAUAACAAUGAUAGGGACACGCUCGAUCAUAAUGUUGAUGGGGGAAAGGAGGCCAAAGCACCCAAAACGAAAUUCUACAAAGUGGUCGAAGAGGAGUCGGACGACUCCGCGGACCGGUGCCCCACCGACUCCCCCGACUCGACGACGACGACGACGACGAAAUUGAAUCGAUACUCCUGCGGCGAAUGCGGAAGACAGUACGCCACGUCCAGCAACCUGUCGCGUCACAAACAAACCCAUCGCAGCUUGGACUCGCAAUCGGCGAAGAAGUGCAUGACGUGCGGGAAGGCCUACGUCAGCAUGCCUGCACUGGCUAUGCAUCUGCUCACGCACAAGCUGGCGCACAGCUGCGGCGUCUGCGGAAAGCAGUUCUCAAGGCCUUGGCUGCUCCAAGGCCACUUAAGGUCGCACACUGGAGAGAAGCCCUACGGCUGUGCCCACUGUGGCAAGGCCUUCGCUGAUCGGUCGAAUCUAAGGGCGCACAUGCAGACGCAUUCAGGCGAUAAAAAUUUCAGCUGUCCGCAGUGCCACAAAACGUUCGCGCUCAAGUCAUACCUGAACAAGCACCAGGAAACGGCCUGUUUGCUGUGGGACGACAAGACCAAGAAGCAAGGAAGCGACGUUUCGACAACAAAAACGCUGAAGAUGACAACGACGGUGCACGCCGAAACGCAGACCAUCACCGUCGAUUAAGUAUUUUUGACGAUGACAUUACACGAUUACGAGAAAAAAAAAUGAAACAUUUUCGGAGAGGUGAGCUUGUUUUGAUUGGAAUACAGAAUGAUCCAAAAACAAAACGUAAAACUUUUAAUUGUAACCCAAAAAAUCGUUGUAAUCGCCAUAGAAAAUUUAUAAAAUGAUACACGUUCCAAAAAAAGUGGAUUACAACGGAACUAAAAUACCACGAUCUAAAAGACCGAUACGGCCGUAAUCAGCGCGUCAAAAUCUAUGGAAAAAGUCUUAGUCUCAGUUUCCGAAAAAAGCGCCAAAAACAUCAUAUUUUCUUUGUUUUUUAACUUUCAAAUGCCGAUUACGGCGGAAUUAUUAGAGCUAGAACAAUUACUCUAACACCAUUGGAUUUCCCAUAAUAGAUCUUAAAAAUGAGGCAAGUCCUAAGACAAUGUUUUGCACAAAAAAAAAACAAUUUUUCAAACGCCGAUUACAGCGGAGCUUCAAUACUAAGAACAAAUUCAUUCCAGUGAUUAUCUGCAUUUUGCUUAAAGUUUUUAGUUUCUGAGAAAAACGCCAAAAGCAUUUUAUUAUCUUAUCUUUUACAACCUUGAAACGCCGAUUACGCCGGAACUAUUAAAGCUAGCACAGUAAGCCGAUUACAGCGGAUUUUUUGCAGCUUGCACUAAAUGUACAGCACCAUUGUAAUCAUUGUAAAAAAAACUAAAAAAUGACGCACGUUCCAACGCAAAAUUAAAAAAAUUAUAAUUUGCAAAAACCGAUUACGGCGAGAUUAAAAAAACUAAGACAAAAAGUCUGGGUUUGUUAGUAAAUAAAAUUGAUGACAUGUCAUUCUGGUGGAGUUCUGUUCAGACUUAAACAACAUUUGUAGGUAGUUUUAUCUUUUUCACCUUUCAAACGCCGAUUACGGCGAAAUUAUUGAAGUCAGUAAAAAAAAAUAAAACAUUAAACAUUAACAUUAAAAAAAACUUUAAAAUGACGCAAGUUUUAAUGCAAAAAAACAUUGUUCAAAAAGCCGAUUACGGCGAAACUUUUACAGCUUCCGUAAAAUGUACUACGCCGUUGUAAUCAUUGUAUAAAACCUAUAAAAAAUGCACGGCUCAAGGCAACACUUUAAAAAAUCAAUUUUCAAACGUCGAUUACGGCGACCAAAUUUGCUAGUAAAUACAAUUUGACAUGUUGAGGCGGUCGUUUUUUUGAACUUGAUCUGUCAUUCCGGUAAUCUUUCAAUUUUCGAGAAAAACACAAACAUUUUGUAGUCUUUUCAUUUUGAUGUAUCUAGCGCCGAUUACGUCAGAACUAUUAGAUCUAGCAAACAAAGACUAACAGUAAAAAAUAUUUGAAAUAACACAAGUUUUAAGACAAUAUCUCUUACAAAAACAAAUUCAAUAAGCCGAUUACGGAGCUUCAAUACCAAGAACAAAUUCAUUCCAAUGAUUAUCUGCAUUUUGCUUAAAGUCUUUUAGUUUCUAAGAAAAACGCCAAAAGUAGUUUAAUAACUUAUCUUUUACAACCUUGAAACGCCGAUUACGCCGGAACUAUUAAAGCUAGCGCAAUAUGCCGAUUACAGCGGAACUUUUGCAGCUUGCACCAUGUACAGCACCAUUGUAGUUAUUGUAAAAAAGUUAUAAAAUGACGCAAGUCCUAAUGCAAAAUUAAAAAAAAAAUGAUUUGCAAACACCGAUUACGGCGAGAUUAAAAAAACUAAGACAAAAAGUCUGAGUUUGUUAGUAAAUAAAAUUGAUGACAUGUCAUUCUGGUGAAGUUCUGUUCAGACUUAACCAACAUUUGUAGAAUAUUUUAUCUUUUUCACCUUUCAAACGCCGAUUACGGCGAAAUUAUUGAAGCCAGUUAAAAAAAUUGAACCAUUAAAAAAAAACUUUAAAAGUUUUAAUGUAAAAUCUUAUACAAAAAGAACAUUGUUCAAAAAGCCGAUUACGGCGAAACUUUUACACCUUCUGUAAAAUGUACCACGCCGUUGUAAUCAUUGUAUAAAACCUAUAAAGAGAUGCACGGCUCAAGGCAACACCUUAAAAAAUCAAUUUUCAAACGUCGAUUAUGGCGAAACUAAAAGUAUCAAAUUUGCUAGUAAAUAUAAUUUGACAUGUCAAUGCGGUUGUUUUUUUUGGACUUGAUCUGUCAUUCCGGUGAUCUUUCAGUUUUCGAGAAAAACUCAAACAUUUUGCAGUCUUAUCAUUUUGAUGUUUUAAGCGCCGAUUACGUCGGAACUAUUAGACUCAGCAAUUAAAGACUAACACCAUUAGAUUUCCAGUAAAAUUGUUUUAAAAUAACCAAAGUUUUAAGGCAAUAUUUCGUACAAAAACCAAUUCAAAAAGCCGAUUACGGCGAAACUAUUAAAGCUAACGCAAUAAGCCGAUUACAGCGGAACUUCUGCAGCAUGCGCCAAAUGUAUAGCACCAUUGUAAAAAAGCUUUAAAAUGACGCACGUCCCAACGCAAAAUCUUAAAAAAAAUAAUUUGCAAAUACCGAUUACGGCGAGUUAAAAAAACUAAGACACAAAAGUCUAAGUUUAUUAAUUAAUAAAAUUUAUGACAUGUCUUUCCGGUAGAUAUCUGAUAUUUUAGUUUUCGAGAAAAGUAUCGACAUUUGUAGAUAAUCAUAUCUUUUUCGCCUUUCAAACGCCGAUUACGGCGAAAUUAUUAAAGCCAAAAAAUCUAACACCAUAAAAAAUUUAAAAUAACAAGUUUUAAUGCAAAAUCUCGUGCAAAAAACAUAUUGUUCAAAAAGCCGAUUACGGCGAAACUUUUACAGCUUCUGUAAAAUGUACCACGUCGUUGUAAUCAUUGUAUAAAACCUAUAAAGAGAUGCACGGCUCAAGGCAACACCUUAAAAAAUCAAUUUUCAAACGUCGAUUACGGCGAAACUAAAAGUAUCAAAUUUGUUAGUAAAUAUAAUUUGACAUGUCAAUGCGGUUGUUUUUUUUGGACUUGAUCUGUCAUUCCGGUGAUCUUUCAGUUUUCGAAAAAAACUCAAACAUUUUGCAGUCUUAUCAUUUUGAUGUUUUAAGCGCCGAUUACGUCGGAACUAUUAGACUCAGCAAUUAAAGACUAACACCAUUGGAUUUCCAGUAAAAUUGUUUUAAAAUAACCAAAGUUUUAAGGCAACAUUUCGCACAAAAACAAAUUCAAAAAGCCGAUUACGGCGAAACUUUUGCAGCAUACGCAAAAUGUAUGACGCCAUUGAAAUGCUGUUAAUAAAAGUAUAAAAGUCUCAUAGCAAAAUUUUUAAAAAUUAAUUUGCAAACUCCGAUAACGUCAAAACUAGAAGAGCUACGUGUAUCAUGUUUAACUUUUCAAAUGGCGAUUACGGCGGAACUAUAAUAGAUAAUGCAAAAAGUUCCCCACUAUCAAAAUUCUCAGAACGAAUCUUAAAAAUGAACAGUAUUUUGUAAAAGAGUUAAUUCUUAACAAGCCGAUUACGGCGAAACUAAAAAAAUAUUUAAGUUUUAUAUACUUUUACUUGAAUGUAUUCUAUAAUUUUUUGCUUAUUUUAUGCAGACUUUGGCAUUGGCAUUUCUCUCGUUUCACCACUGUUUGACUAAUUCUGAUUAAAUCAAACUAACAAUUCUGCUGAUAAGCGUUAUGUUUUUGGAUAAUCCUGUCCAAAUACUAUUAUCUCCUGUAAACAGCAAGUGAGGCUAGAUAAAAGCCGUUUUCAACUUUGCAAUUUUUGCGCAUCUCUCCCGGAAAUGUAGCAACAACUCGGGAAACCGGAAUCGGGUCAAAACCUCCCUUGUACAAAAUAAAAUAUCUCCACUUAACUUUUGAGUAAGCUGAUAUCUGUUUAAUCCAUGACCAGUCUUAAAAACGUACCGUCCUUUAGGUCAUAACCCGAAAAAUGGCUAUAAGUUUGUACGGGGGCAGGUUUCUUGCAGAGUUUAAUUGUACAUAAAUCGUGUAUUAUAAUUGAAAAAUAAAACUUUAUUAAUAUAAAAAGAUUGCGGCAAGGCCAGGCAAUAAAAAGCAAUACUCGAAUACCGAAAAACGCUUAAUAUUCGUACGUAAACUGACAGAAUUUAAUAAAGCAACGAACUCAUAGUCGUAGAUGUCAAUUCGUAUUAUAAAUUAUAUUCCUGUAUAGUUCCAUAUUCGUUACGACCUUGAAUCAAGUGAGAUAUAUAAGUAGAAGUCAUAGGAGUUUAUCUAGUCACGGCUUUUAAGGACUAUGCCAUUGUGAAAACGCAAAACCCGACAAGUCCGUCAUAUCGUUUCAAUUUUUUCCCACUUUAGUUGGUAGAAUAGUGAGUGUCUACGAGUAAUGGCCAAAAUUGUACAACGAAUGAUUUCGCCAGCGACAAUUUUUAAUUGUUACCAGUACAACCAUCAGAGCCUGAAAAAGAUUAUUUUUGCAACAAAGCGUUUGCUGUAACACUUAAAAAUGGGACAGUUUCAGAAGCGGAUUAAAUCGCUGAUUUAUAUAAGUACAAAAUUGGUGUUUCUCAGUGUUCGUGCAUGUUCGUGCAGACAAGCUUGCCCAACGUUGCGACCGGAGUUAGUGUCUUUCCGUGGCUGUGCUUUUGAUCGGUGUCAAUAAAAGAUGAGAAAUUGGGCAAAAUUGGGCAAAUUCGUCUGAAUUGUGUCUCCCUACCUUCGGUGUCUCUCUGCGAACAAAAGGUCCAAUAACAAGACUGUUUUAGUCCGUUUCUGAACCGGAUUGCUCGUGCUCUAGUCGUAUGUUCUGUGUUAGUCGUUUUAAGUUAGCAAUGUUUUGAUAUACCCGUUAUACAUACUCCCGUGCGUUGGGCGGAUAUAUUUUUACACAGUGUCGGGUUGUGGCGCCGGGAAACCGGGAAUUUUCCCAAAAUAACACUUUUCGAAAAAUUAUAUUUUAAAGAUAUAUUAAAAAAUUCUUGUUUUUAAUUAAAUUUAAAACUCGAGUUUCUCACUUCAUCCCCUGAGUUGAUAAGUUAUAAAGUUGCAUUUUUAAAUUAUAAAGAUGGCUGUGGUAUUGCCAAAUAGCUCAUUUUAUUUCUUAUAUAAAAUAUUUUUUUAAGUAAUACAUUUUUAUUUACUUUAAUCUUAAGUAUUUUUAUUUUUGUAGUUAGGCAAGAAACAAUACUAAAUAUUUAAUUAAGUACAAUGUGCUCAAAAAUGAUUGUUUAUCAAGUCACCUAUAAAAUUUAAAUGUAAUGUGCCGCUCAAUUUAAAUUGGGAAUGCCGUCAAAGUAACAGAUGCGUCAAAAUAAUGCAAAAACAAAAGAAUACACAACAUUAAAAAUCACGGAAACACUUGAAACAACUUUGCCUAGAAACCAAAAAAAGUCAGUAAAAAGCUGAUUCAAAAAUUUGACAGAGAUGACAUUUCUCAAAAACUACAACAGUCAUUUAAAUGAAGCGGCUCAUUGAGUUUGAAUUCCAUAGUCGACUUGAUGAACAACCAUUUUUGAACACUUUGUACAAGUAUUACUAAAAUAAAUAUUACUUGAACUUUUUUGCGAUUAAUUUCUAGGAAAUUAAAAUACCAUGUGUAUGUUGAAAAAAUUGUAAUUGUAUUUAAGAAAAAAAAAACAAUUGGCCAAACACCUAAAUUGUCUACAUAAUAUCAACGCCACCUUCUGCCUAUUUUCAUAAUUUUUUUUGAAUAGUUGCAGUUUUUAUGUAAAAUAUUUUUUUCGUAAUCAAUUGUAGAUACCUACAUUAUCUAAUAAAUUUUCUGAAAAAAUAAACUCAGAAAUAUAAAUCCAUUUUUUUUCUAAACAUUUUAGUUUCAGAAACAAAACAAUUUUUUUCAGAUUUCAAUCGACAUUUCUGAUCACCGUUUUAAAUAGUACACAUCUUUCUACUAAGUAUAAUAAAAUUCCAAAAAAUAAAGCAAAAAGUUAAAAAAGAAAAAAAUAAUAAAUAAAUUGUAAAAGUUAUUAAAGUUUCCACUAAAGGUUUCACAUUAAGUGUUUAUAUGGUAAUUAAUAAAAAAAAACAUAAAAAACAAUUCUUUUUAUAAAAUAAAGCCAGAGCAAAAAGACAAAGCCUUUAUUUUUUUUCUGAUUAUCGGAAAGAUAAAGAUGUAUAGUAAAAACAGUAAACAAAAAAGUUGGUUGUCAUUAAAAAAAAUUAAAAUAGCUUUUCAACUUACAACUUAAAACGCAUGACAUUACAGAUGUUACUAUGAUGUAAAAAUGUUCCAUUUAAAAAAAUAAAAUCGACCUGUUCGAGGAUUUGUUUGAAAAGUGAUCAAUGAUAAUUUAUUAUAACGUUCUUAUAACAGGACAAGCCAAAAAUUUGGAGCACUUUUGACAUUUCAUUGUCAAAAAACUAGGAACUUACAAGUAUUGUCAAAGGUGUACGAGAUUUUUUACUUGACACUGUACAUCUCAUACAGGGUGAUUUUAAAAAACAGAUAAUGCUGUUGAAUUUUUGUUUAUGGCCCGAUCUCAAAAAAUAAAAAAUUUAAAUGAAAUAACUCUUAGUACAGGCUGAUGCUUUUAAGAUUUUUCUAAAUGUCAUAGAAUAUUUUAGGCUGUAUUUAACUGUUCGAAAGUAUAAUUUUCUUUUUAUAAUUUAAAGAUUUGAACAAAAAUAUUGUUUAGAAAAUUAAGAAACCUAAAAAAAAUAGAAGCUUGUAAAAAUAAAAAACGCCACUGCUCCCCACUUCUUACAUUUGUGCGCAAUUAGGCUCCGCCCAAGUGUGUACUUAUACCAGCUGACAGCACUCUAUUGACCUUUAUUAAAUUUUAUCCAACUUUAUUAAUUUUUUUCAACUAAAAUUGUUAGUAAAAAAAUAAAUUGCACAUGUUUGCACUGAAAAAGCUAAAAUCUUUCAGAGAAAAAUAUGGGUCUAAGUUGAAUAGACUAAAAAAAUACUACAGUAAAAUCUCCCUUAACGGACACCUCUUCACAACGGACAUUUUUGUAGGAACGUAACAAAACCUAUUUUAAAAUGUUCCCACUAGCGGACACCUCUCUACAACGGACAAGUAAAAGUUCCUCAUCGGUGUCCGUUGUUGAGAGGUUUUACUGUAUGACAUUUGGAAAAAAAUUAAAAGCAUUAAAUACUACACCAAAAGCAAUUUUAUUAAAGUUAUUGAAUUUUUAAAAUCAGGCCAUUGAUAAAAAUUCUACAGCGCCUGACGUUUUAAAAUCAGCCUAUAUACUUAUAAAAAAAUUUGAAAGGGCCCUUCCAGGGAUUUCCCGGUGGGCCCAAUAGCCCCCAAUCCGACACUGUUUUUACCUUUACUACAUGCAUACUCUAUGGGAGGAACAAACCAAAGGUCGCCACAGUCUCGGAAUCAAAUCGAUAUAUCAAAAAAAAGAGCCACAAUUAAAAGCGAGAUUUUGAUGUAAAUCGAAGCAAUACUGCAUGCACCUAGAAUUAAGUUACUUUAAGGCUUAUGAUAGUGAACCAAGUGAUAUUUAGGGCGAGUUUGUCGACGGCAGUGUAGAGAUGGGGCAGACUUGUUUGGUUGUCAGCUUAAACUAGUCGCAGCCUUACAACAUACACCAAUUACAUUUAAAGAAAAAUCUAAAUCGGUUGUUGCGUUUCGAAUUUCGUAGAAUUCACGUGUAAAGAUUAGAAUAGUUAAUUCACGGCGCUUGUUAAAGGACUACAAUAAAGCGUUCCAUCCGUUCUAUCCGGGAUUCAAUUCCAACUUCUACAAUCAACAAUAAUGCGGAUUCCUGCAUUCAUUAAAUUUCUAUGGGGCGUGAAAUUCGCUCGAGUUUUAUUAAACAUUUUUCCAAUUGAUUGGAAUAUAUCUUUUAAACACAGUCGCGCUGCUUUCUCUUUCGUUAGCAUCGAUUUAAUUAUCGAAAGUACUUUUUCGAGGCGGAAGGGCGAUUCCUUUUCGGGGAUUUUCCGCCGUCAAGCGAUAUAAAUAAAAUGGGAUGGAAUGGAUGAAUCGUCUGUUGUAGACAAGAGCUUGACUGAAGAUAACUUCAUAAACCUUUUGCAGUCGAUAGAACAUUCUGACACAAAUUGGAAUAGAAAGCAAUAAAAUUCAACAAAAAUAAAAAUGUGAAUUACGUCAAUCUUUAUAUACAUCACCCAUAAAGGAAAGUUUAGGUAGUUAUAGUGUAUGCAUGUGUUAAUCUAGAGCAACAUAUAUUAUAUUCGAUUCACUCUAGCCCAAAGAAGCAAUAAAAUAUUUUUAAUCUG